AUGCAGUGUGAUAGUAAGAAGAAGGAGGAGAGCCAGGCGCUCAAGGUAGUCUGCACGCCAGAGUUGAGGGGGGUGGGGGCAGCGGACAAGCGGUCGUCGUUCCUGGUGAUGGCCUCGAUCGCGGCUCCCGAGUACCGGGCCGAGGAGCGGGCCGCGGUGGACAUGGUCUGCGUGAUCGACCGUAGCGGCUCAAUGGCGGGCCAGCGGCUCGAGAUGGCCAAGGCCACCGUCGAGUUCGUCGUCGCGAACCUGCGAAGCGACGAUCGUCUGGGCGUAGUGACCUACGACGACGUUGUCACAAACCAUUUCCCCCUGCGGCCCAUGACGGCGGAGGGCAAGGCGGCCAUCGCCGCGGUCAAGUCCAUCGUCGGGGCCGGCUCGACCAACCUGUGCGGCGGCCUCGUAGAGGGGGUCGACCAGAUGCGUCGACGGGACGGGGAGAAGAAGAACGAGGUGGCGUCGGUGCUGCUGUUCACGGACGGCCAGGCUAACGUGGGCUAUAUGCGGGCGGAGGAGAUCAUCAAGGCCACCAUCAACGCCGACUACGCCCGCCUCGCCUUCCAGCCCAACCAGCAGCAGCAGCAGCAGCAGCAACCACCUCGUCCGCAACAGCUGCAGCAGCAACCACCUCAUCCGCAACAGCUGCAGCAGUACUGGGCGAUGCCCGUGCCGCUGCCCUCGGUGGCCCAGGCCCAGAACCCGGCGGACUUCGGCGGACUCAGCCCGGCGGCGAGCGGAGAGCAGCUGAAGAAGCCGUCGACCCCGCCGCCGGCGGAGGAGAAGAAGAGGUCGACCGCCAGCGAGGACAUGCCGCUGCCGUGCACCAUCAACACGUUCGGGUUCGGGACCGACCACGACGCGACGCUGCUCAAGAAGAUCGCCGACCACGGCCAGGGCAUCGUCGUCGGUCAGGACAUCAGGGUCACCUUCGAGGCCAUCGGUGGCGGCGAGCAGGUCAGGAUCAACCGCAUACUGACCCGGUUCAAGACGACCGAGGUCGAGCCCGGCCGAGUGUACGAGGUGGCCCUGGGCGACAUCCAGAGCGAGGAGCGGCGCGACAUUCUCGUUGAUGUGUCGAUCGCCGGCGCGACAACCGACGUCGAGGCCGACACUCCGGAGUGGCCGGUGCUGAAGACGACGGUAACCUACACGAACGUGAUCACGGGUCGGUCGGGCGCCAGGGCGGAGCACUCGGCCACGAUCAUCAGGCGGCCAGCCGCGGACCACCACCACCACGACGAGGCCCGUGACGUUGCUGUCGACAGGCAGCUCAACCGGUGGCUGGCGGCCGAGGCCAUGGAGGCGGCCAACGAGGUCGCGCGCGGCGGCGACAUGGAACGGGCGCGGGCGAUCAUCAAACGGGCCAGCGAUCGGAUCAGGGAGUCGGUGUCGCGGGCCGACGAGUUCUGCCAGAGCCUGGUGAGCGAUCUGGCCCGGUGCGAGGGCGGCCUGGUGUCGCAUGGGUCGUGGGCCGCGGGCGGCAGCAAGAUGCUGACCAACCAGAUGCAGGCGCACCAGGUCCAGCGCAGCACCAACGUCGGUUCGGCCUCCCAGGCCAGCUAUCAGAGCUCGGCCAGGUGCCAGAUGCAGCAGCAGCAACAGCAGAUCUUCAAGCCUCAGCCUUGA